CGGAGACACACAGAACACACAAGCAGAGAAAGAGAGAGAGACACACAGAGACACACAAAGAGAGACACACACAUAGUUUACAAGAAGUGGCUGUCGUGUGGAACAUACAUUUCCUGCAAGAUAAAUGUGUGCCUUCGGUGUAAAAAAACACAAAGGUUGCGAAAAAGCAGUAUGCAGUACAAUGAAUUGCUCGGGUUAAUUAAUCACAGGGUCACGGAUAACAUUAUUGCAGUUCUGUUGACUAAUGCUGGAGGUUGGUCAUCUACAAAACCCGCCCUCUUUUUUGCAGUCGAACCUUUUUUUUUAAAUCAGUAUCGCCAUUUCUUUCGUCUUCCAGGGUCUGGCAAAAACAAGUUAUCCGUGCUUGGUAUCGCCCCUUGGCAUCCACGUGGACGCCUCUGCUGCCCCAAGUCGAUAGGAGGACGUCAAGGGGACACAAGUUCAGAGAGCAAGGCAUAUGGAGGACACCGAUCAGGAAAAUAUUGUGGUGGAAACUCCCUCGAAAACCAAGGGCUUCUCACGAGUCCUGGUUUUGUCAUCUCUCAGCGCAGCUUUUGGCUCAUCCUUCAUCUACGGCUACAAUCUGUCAGUGGUGAAUGGCCCUUCAGAUUACAUCAAGGAUUUCUUCAACACAACAUGGGUGGAUCGGUGGAGCACAUCACUGUCAGACAACUCGGUAACGCUGCUGUGGUCUUUCACCAUCGCCAUCAUGUCUAUUGGGGGCCUUGUAGGAGCCCUGAUCAUGAGGUUCAUGGUCCAGCGCUUUGGCAGGAAAGGCACGCUGCUCCUCAACAAUGCCCUGGCCAUCCUGGCAGCCUUGUUGAUGUCACUGUGUUUUCUCGCGGGCUCCUGGGAGAUGCUCUUCCUGGGCCGCUUCGUGGUGGGCAUUGAUGCAGGCAUCUCCCUGAGCGUCCUGCCCAUGUACCUUGCGGAGAUCUCCCCAAAGAAUCUACGCGGAUCCACGGGCCAGGUUUCUGCCAUCUUCAUCUGUCUAGGAGUCUUCACCGGGCAGGUGCUGAAUUUGAAAGAGGUGUUAGGCCAGGAGUCGCAUUGGAGCAUCUUGUUCGGCAUCUUGGUAGUGCCACCCCUCGUGCAGCUUGCCACCUUGCCCUUCAUGCCAGAGAGUCCACGCUACCUUCUUCUAGAGAGGCAAGAUGUCAAAGCAGCAGAGAAAGCCCUGCAGAGGCUGCUCGGGCGUCAGGACGUGCAACGUGAGAUGGUGGAAAUACAGGCAGAGGGCAUUGCACAGGCACACAUCAGCGUGAUGUCGCUUUGGGGCCUCCUCCGUGAGCGUGCUGUGCGCUGGCAGGUCAUCACGGUCGCCAUCACGAUGGCCUGCUAUCAGCUGUGUGGCGUGAACGCUAUCUGGUUUUAUGCAAGCAGCAUAUUUAGACAAGCUGGCAUUGACCCAGCUAUUACUCCUUAUAUAAUCAUAUCCACUGGUGGAACAGAAGUCUUGGCUGCCCUUCUCUCUGGUCUUGCGAUUGAAAAGCUUGGAAGACGAUCACUGUUGAUUGUUGGAUUUGGAGCGAUGGCUGUGAUAUUUGGAGUCUUGACAGUGGCACUUAAUCUUCAGGACUCGUACCAUUGGAUGUCAUACCUUAGCAUUGCCUGUGUCUUGGCAGUCAUCGCCAGCUUCUGUAUUGGACCCGGCGGAAUUCCAUUUGUUUUGACUGGGGAAUUGUUUGAGCAGUCUUAUCGUCCAGCUGCAUUCACAAUCGCUGGAAUUGUCAGUUGGCUGUCAAACUUCAUUCUUAGCCUCGUCUUCCCAUUUAUUCAGACAGCUCUGGAUGCAUACAGCUUCCUGGUGUUUGCAGCAGUAUGUUUGGGAGCUGCGAUAUUUCUCUACUUCGUGCUGCCGGAGACCAAAAAGAGGACCUUUAUGGAGAUCAGCCGCUCAUUUGACAAGUUGAACAAAGUACAAGCAAGCAUACUAGCUUUGGAGAAAAGAGAGUCUGUUAAUGUUGUCUCUGCAGAAUUCAAAACCAUCCAGUCCCAGAAUUUAGUAACCCAUAUGUAAUAUAUAUCAGCUACGGUCAUUCUACUGCUGGAUGAAGGCCUCCCCACGCUGCCGCCACCUCUCACGAUUCUGUGAUGUUAUUAUGCACCCAGCACCCGCAUGGAAAUUGAUUUAAUUGCUCCACCUAAAAAAAAGAAUGUGUGUAUACUUAGACUUCUUCUUGUUUCUUCUUCAAGCUGUCGUGAAAAUAACAGGCGUGGAAGAAAUGCUUUCCAUACACAGUACAAAUGAGUGCUACUUGUGUUAAAGACACUUUUCUGGAAGCUUUUAGAAAGACACCAUGACAUUUCAAAAUAAGUGGAAUUUUUUGAGAAAAUUAUUUGAAAAGUAAUUAAGCCGUUACUUGUAUUUUGUGUAAAAAUGUGUGGCUUGCGUGUGGAAAUUAGAUGAGACAGGCCUUUUGAUUUACACAUUGCAAAUGUUUAAACGUGCUCAGUUUAAUUUUGCUCAUUCCAGUUUUGAAUGCAUUUGGCCCACAUUUUCUGCACGUACUUAAGGCCCUUUAUUUUGGCUGCGUAUGCUUGAAUAAGGGUUGCACCUUAUCUAAUGUGGUUCUGAAUUGCGCAAACGUUGAUGCAAAGUGUAUUAUUUUGUGGAGCUUCAUACAUCGCUGACAUCAUGAGCACAUUAAGGUAUCAAAUCAUUGUUCACCAUGGGGUACUUAACAUGGGUUUUUAUUUCCUAAUACAAGAUAAUCGUAAUUGCCUCAUAAACAACAGGAAAGAGUGAUUAAUGCUUCAACGGAAAGACAAGCUCUCUUCCCCAGGAGUAUUCACACACUUUCUUUUUCAGGUUUAUAUUAUUCAGCAGGCUAGUUAAUAAUACUUAAUUACAUAUGAACGAGAUUGUUUUUAUAAACCCUGUCCAUUGUUUGGUAGAGAAGAUAAAGUGUACUAUAAUUGUAUAUUUAUCAGAUUUGUUUAAUGUUUUGUGCUGUAUUGGUAUACACAUAAUUAAUAUUUUUUUUAUUAAAAAAACAUGUUGAUGUUGGAUCAACAAUAUACAGCUAUAUUUGUAGUGCCGUUUACAAAAUUCUAUACAGUAUGUGGCCUUAUUAGUCUUAUCGUAAUUUGUUGCUGCUCAUACCAUGGCUCAAUACCACCUUAGAUGCUAUAUUUAGAAGCCAAAUUGUAUUGAGAUACAAUUUGUCCAUCGCCACUAGAUGGCUCUCUUGUUAGCCAAGUGAAAAUUGCUGUCUUCAGUUUCUUUUUCUUAGCCACGUCAAAUAAUUCCUUUACAUUUCUGUAAGGAGAUGAUGUAUUCAUGUUGAACUGUGUUACUCAUAGGGGUUUUUUUAACGUACAUUUAAAAAAAAUGUAUUCCAAUUAUGCUAUGGGCAUCAUGCCACGUGAAGCUGCAUCCAUUCGAAAAUCUCACCGAUCAGUGGGUCUUUUUCUUUUAUUAUUUCCCUUCUACGUGACUUUACCGAAAUAACCAAGAAGAUGGGUCUUAUGAUGUCGCAAUAUGGUCUGCAGAGAUAUUUCAUGAGAAAAAAUGUUUCUAAUUACUUUUUUGUAUCCUAUACACAGGAGGGAGUGCACUUUUUCACAUGCUGUCCUACGACAUUCAAACCGAUGUGUUUACUGUUCAUAGUGGGAAUUUUGCUAAAUUUAAAUGCCACAUUUUAAGUGGUGUUUUGUGUGUGUAUAGUCAUUAGUGACCAGGCUAACAACCGGUCAGCUCGCUACACUUGAGAACCCGGUUUAAUCACAGGUAGCUGAAACCCCGAUCUGAAGUCCAGGAUCUCAGUAGUGCCACCCAGCCCCCUUCCUUGUUAGAGCUUUUAAAAAAAAUAUUAAUGAAAUUUGAUGUGCACAGGGAACAUUUUUGAGAGUAAAUGCACAUGACACUGCUAACCUAUGAUAUUCACACAAUGUAUAGCACGCAGUGUACAUGUUUGUCAAAAAGCGAAACGAAAAAUGAUAAAAACUACAAAAGUUUUAUAGAUGUAUUUUUUUUUAUUUUCGGCCGACAUGUUUUGAUCAUUUCAAUUUUGAGCAGUUGUCACAAAUGCAUAUUUUAGUAACUUUACAAAAAGAUCAACAGUGGAUGUUUUUGUGAUAUAUAUGAAUAAUGUGAUCCUACUUUUAAGGAGAAAAAAAUCCCGGACAUGAUUGGGAUAUGAAUGUGAUUGAGAUAAUAACAAUUAUGUUGUCUGCCUGUAACUUUCCCAUUGCUGGGAAAACAUCUCCCCCCCUCCCCUGCAAUUUUUUUGGCUUGGUUGUUCUUGCCCAGAGCAGCUUGAUAAAGCUAUCUUGAUUUAAAGUUUUCGUGACUGCAGGGAUUCAUAUUCUUGGUUAUUUCGGUAAAGUCACGUAGAAGGGAAACAAUAAAAUAAUACAAAUAUAAAACAAUAAAAUU